UUAAAAGAAUAAAAGCAUAAACUUAACCUAGAAAUGAUGAAAAAUUUGAUAAUUCUGCUUAUGAUUGUGACUUGUGUAUUGGCUAACAAGCACAGCAAAGACAGUAAUGAAAGGCAAAAUAGAAGAAAAUUUGAUAGUCAUUUAAAAAGAUAUGGAAAGAAGUAUAAAGAUUUACCCGAGGAAGUAAGAGCUAGACGUCAAAACAACUACUUAAAAAAUUUAGAUUUCAUCGAAAAACACAACAAAAAUCCAAAAAAUAAGUUCCAACUUGGUUCUAAUGAAUUUUCCGAUCGUGACCCAAAAACAUUUGUUAAAGAAAUGUGCCGUACAGAAUUGCCACAAAUGACUCGUGGACUUCCACUUCCACCAUCAAUUUAUACGUCAACAACUCCAGCAAGAUCUGCUGUUGACUGGCGUACCCAAUAUACUCAACCAAUUGUUAGUCAAGGAGGAUGUGCAUCAUGUUCUGCAUUCUCAGUUGUUUCUGUUAUUGAGGCUUAUAAUGAAAUCAGAGGCAGAGGAAAAACUGCGAUGUCACAGCAAAAUAUUGUUGAUUGUCACUCAGUCAAAUGUCUAGGUGGAUGGCCAAAAUCUAUUUUCGAUUGGUUGAAAAAUUCUUAUGGCAAUAAGUUAGCUAGAGCUGUAGACUAUCCUUACACAUCUGGUUCGACAAAAACUGCAGGGUCAUGUAAAGUUGCCCAAUAUGCUCCAUUAAAUUUUACAAGCACCUUCCUAUUCGUCCCAAAUGGCAAUACUGCUACACUUAAACAAAUCAUUUCCAAUUACGGUCCAGUUGCUAUUGCAGUUCAAGUCACGAAUUCUGGACUUUUCCAAAAUUACAAAUCUGGAAUUUUCACUGAUGCUACAUGUCCUGGACCCAAUCAAUGUACCAUUAUUAACCAUGCUAUGGUUGCUGUUGGCUAUGGAAAGCUUACAACUGGUCAAGAAUAUUUUAUUAUUCGAAACUCAUGGGGAACAACCUGGGGAGAAGAUGGUUAUAUAAGAAUGGCAAUGAGCAACACGUGUAAUGUUGCUUGUUAUGCAAUGGGUAUUGAGUAGAUUAUAAAUAUAUUAUAAUUUCAUUGUACAAAGUUUUAUUUAAAUAAAGAAGCUAGUUUUCAAAAAUGCGUU